AUGAAUGAAUCUAGAAAAAGAGUUGUUCCUAUAGAUCCAUUAGCAAUUACUGAAAGUUUGGGUUUUCAAACAUUUAGAAAAGGUCAUAGAAAUCCAUGGACAAAACAAGAAGAUGAAAUAUUACUACAAUUAAUGAAUAAUCAUUACCCCCACGGUAAUUUACCAGAUUUAGAUUCAAUUGAUUGGGAUUUAAUAACUGAAGGUCAUUUUGAUAAUAGAAAAGGUAAAGAUUGUAAAAAAAGAUGGAGUUCAUCAUUAGAUCCAAAUUUGAAAAAAGGUAAAUGGAGUUCAGAAGAAGAUGAAAAAUUAAUUGAAGCUUUUGAAAAAUUUGGAGCUUCAUGGUUAAAAGUUGCACUGGAAAUUGAAGGUAGAACUGAUGAUCAAUGUGCAAAAAGAUAUAUGGAAGUUUUAGAUCCAAAAACAAAAGAUAGACUAAAACCUUGGACUCAAGAAGAAGAUUUAAAAUUGAUACAUCAAGUUAAAUUACAUGGUACUAAAUGGAGAACUGUUUGUAGUGUAUUUGAAAGUAGACCAUCAUUAACAUGUAGAAACAGAUGGAGAAAAUUAGUUACUGAAGUUGUUAGAGGGAAAGCUGAUCCAAUAAUUAAACAAGAAGUUGAAAGUGUAACUGGAAAUAAUAAUGUCAUUGAAAAUUUAGCAAAAAAACAACAAGAUUUAACAUUACAACAACAAAAAACAUCAUCACAACAACAACAUAAAAAGAAAAGGAAAUCUGAUAAAGAUAUUGAAUGGUCAUAUUCACUAACUGGUGGUGAUGAAAAUUUACCCGAAGAAUUAAAAGAAGGUCCAUUAAAUGAUCCUGAAUUAGUUCAGCAAUUAAUAACUUAUGCAAAAUCAAAUAAUGUAGACGUAACUUUACACCAACAUAUACAUCAUCAUUAUAAACAAGUUGGUGAUAGUAAUGGAUCAACUCCAAGUUAUAUUGAACCAGAAGAACAAAUGUCGAGAUAUCAACAUUUCAAUUAUUUACCACCAUUAACUCAAGUACCAAAAUUAAAUUCCUCAUCAUCCAAGACUACUCAUCAUCAUCAUCACCACCACCACCAUCAUCAUCAUGAAAAGAGAAAACUUGAAGAUACAAGAGAAUCUGAUUUAAUGAAGUUGUUAAAUACUGAAAAUAAACAAAAUACAAAUACACCAACAUCAAAUCCACUAACUCCAUUAACACAAGCUGUUGAAUUAGUAACACAACAAGAUAACAAAAGGAGGAAAAUUGAGAAACAACCACCACAACCACCACCAUCACCACGACAACUACAAACUGAUUUACCUAGUGAAGAUGAAGAAGAGUUAGAUUUUUGGGAAACAAUGAGAAAUUUAACUGAUUUACCAAAAACUUCAUCUCAAACACCUAAAAAACAAUCAAAACCAGUAUCACAACAUCAUCAUUUACAUUAUUUUAAUCGUGGGAGUGGUACACCAAAACCAAAUGAAAAUGAUGAAUUUGAAGAGAAAUUAUUAGCAAAAGAAGUUGAAGAAGUUGGAGUUGAUCAAGAAAUAUUAAAUAGUUAUGGAUUAUUCUAUAAUGUUUAUACAAAAGAAGGUUCAAGUUUUCCAGAAUUACAACCACAACAACAACAAUCUCAGCAACAACCAAAACAUAAUGUAUAUGAUCAAUGGGGCGGCGGAUUUGGUAUAAUACCAUUUAAUCCAUCGUAA